UGCAAGGGAAGAAACCCUUCUGGCACGUCUCGCCUCGCCUGGGACCAGGAGGGACCUCUGGGCUCAUUCCCUGCAGCCGGGUGCUGCAGGGUGCCUCAAAAGCAGCGCUGUGACUGUCCCAGAAACGCUGCUCUUCAUAUCCACGCUCGAUGGGAACCUCCACGCAGUGAGCAAGAGCACCGGUGACAUCAAGUGGACCCUGAAGGACGAUCCCAUUCUGCAGGUGCCGGUUUAUGUUGCAGAACCGGCAUUUCUUCCAGACCCCAACGACGGCAGCCUGUACAUCCUGGGAGGGAAGAACAAAGAAGGCCUGAUGAAGCUCCCGUUCACCAUCCCGGAGCUGGUGCAGUCCUCGCCGUGCCGCAGCUCGGACGGCGUGCUCUACACAGGGAAGAAGCAGGACACCUGGUUCGUUGUGGACCCCAAGUCAGGGGAGAAGCAGACCACUCUCUCGACGGAGGCCUCGGAUGGGCUGUGCCCCUCCAGUCCCCUGCUCUACAUCGGCCGUACCCAGUACGUCAUCACCAUGUACGACACCAAGUCGCGGGAGCUGCGCUGGAACGCCACCUACUCCGACUACUCGGCGCCGCUCUGCGAGGAGUCCUACCCCUACAAAAUGUCCCACUUCGCCUCCAGCGGGGACGGGCUGGUGGUGACGCUGGACAAGGAGAGCGGGGAGGUCCUGUGGGCGCACAACUACGGCUCUCCGGUGGUCGGCAUCUACGUGUGGCACCAGGACAGCCUCCGCCGCGUGCCCCACCUCAACCUGGCCAUGGAGACGCUGCGCUACCUGACCUUCCACUCGCAGGACAUCCACCUCAUCAGGGGGAGCUACCAGACCGUGAAGGACUUCACGGCCACCAAGACCCAGCUGCUGCCUGCGCUCUACGUGGGGAAGCACGCGGCCAGCUUCUACGCCUUGACCUCGCUGGUCCAUGACAGCGUGGCACUGGUGCCGCAGGGCAUCACGCUGGCCAGGAUCGACGGCCCCACCACGGACGACGUGACCAUGAGAGAGUCGGGAGAGUGCGAGAUCACUCCCAGCACCGACGUCAAGUACCCGCAGGGCAGCAUCACCUCCAUGCGCAACCAGUGGCUGCUGAUAGGGCACCAUGAGCUGCCUCCUGUGGUCCACACCACGAUGCUGAGAGCCUUCCCGGAGAACCUGAGGAAGACAACAGAAACCAUCAUUCCCCGGAGCUCCCCGGCCAGGACCGUGUUUGACAACUUCCUGGCCCCGAGCAGCACAGAGGAGCCGGCCGUGCGGAGCAGCGACGGGCAGCUUCCACCCGAUGCCAGCAGGGAGCAGCUGGAGGUGUACCCGGAGUCCGGCAGCUGGGACGUGGUGCUGGCCGGCCUUGGCAGCGCCCUGCUGGGGGGCGGCAUCCUGCUGCUGUUCCUCACGAAACAGCAGAAGCAGCACGAGGCGCAGCAGCAGCAGCUGGAGAAGCAAAUUCAGCUCUUGCAGCAGCAGCAGGAGAUGCUGCUCCCGCCCCGGGUCUCUGGCGAGGCUGUCCCUGGGGAGCCCGGGGAGCCAGAGGGGGGCCAGGGAAGCACAUCUCGGCUCUCGCAGAGCCCGGGCCCCUCUGCCCACCUGAAGGACCCAGCCAACGGGGUGGUCGGCCUGGAGCCAGCUGCGCCGGUGCCUGCUGGAGAUGUGGAACCAGACGUGAUCGUAGUUGGGAAAGUUUCUUUUAACCCCAAGGAUGUGCUGGGCCAUGGAGCUGGAGGAACCUUUGUCUUCAGGGGACACUUCGAUGGCCGGAACGUGGCCGUGAAGCGCCUCCUGCCCGAGUGUUUCCACCUCGUGGACCGGGAGGUGCAGCUGCUCCGCGAGUCGGACGAGCACCCCCACGUCGUACGCUACUUCUGCACCGAGCGGGACAAGCAGUUCCACUACAUCGCCAUCGAGCUCUGCUCUGCCACGCUGCAGGAGUACGUGGAGAGCCCCAGCUUCAAUCGGCGCAGCCUGGACCCGGUGUCUGUCCUGCACCAGACCAUGUCAGGCCUGGCACACCUGCACUCCCUCAACAUCGUUCAUCGCGACCUGAAGCCCUGUAACAUCCUCAUCUCUGUCCCGAAUAGCCACGGGCAGAUCCGAGCCGUCAUCUCGGACUUUGGCCUGUGCAAGAAGCUCCAGGGGGGGCGGCACAGCUUCAGCCUGCGCUCCGGCAUCCCCGGCACCGAGGGGUGGAUUGCGCCCGAGGUGCUGCAGGAGGCCCCGAAGGAGAACCCCACGUGCGCUGUGGACAUCUUCUCAGCCGGCUGCGUCUUCUACUACGUGGUGUCAGGAGGGCAGCACCCGUUCGGGGACAGCUUGCGGCGACAGGCCAACAUCCUGGCGGGCGCUUACCAGCUGCCCUGCCUGCAGGAGGAGGCGCACGACAAGGUCAUUGCAAGAGAGCUGAUUGUGUCAAUGAUCAGUGGCGAGCCCCAGAAGCGCCCCUCGGCCCCCGUGGUCCUUAUGCACCCCUUCUUCUGGAGUGCAGAGAAGCAGCUGCAGUUCUUCCAGGACGUCAGUGACCGCAUCGAGAAGGAGCCAGCCGAGGGGGCCAUCGUGGCGGCGCUGGAGGCAGGGGGCCGCUCGGUGGUGAGGACAAACUGGAGGAUGCACAUCUCCCUCCCGCUGCAGACAGACCUGAGGAAGUUCCGCACCUACAAGGGCGGCUCGGUGCGCGACCUCCUGCGGGCCAUGAGGAACAAGAAGCAUCACUACCACGAGCUGCCUGCCGACGUCCAGGAGGCACUGGGCUCCGUCCCCGAAGGCUUCGUGCAGUACUUCACCUCCCGCUUCCCGCGGCUGUUGCUGCACACGCACAGCACCAUGCGGCUCUGUGCCCGCGAGCGGCUCUUCCGCCCCUACUACGUCCCGGAGCCGGGGGGCGCGGGGAGGUGAGCGGGCACCGUGCCGGGGGUUGGCAGCGGGGGGCUGCGGCCGCCGCUCCUCGGGGCGCCAGGCUCCCGGCAGCGCCCGUCUGCCAUCUCUGCAGCCGAAGCAGCGAUUGUUGGGGCGCUGCCCCUUUUGGGGUGACUUUGACAGGAUUUAGCCACAGCUGCUGUGCUGCAGCCCCUGUGCCCGGUCCUGCCCCGGCUCAG